CUUGACACUUAUCCUCAACGCACGCCCACACGCCCGCACCAUGGCCAGCAAGCCGUCCUUCCUCCCCGUCCUGGCGGACGAGGACCGCCCGUUCCUGCGCAAGGCGGUCGCGAACCCGCCAGUGCCGCGGCCAUCGUCCAGCGUCAUGCUCCUCUCGCCCACGAACCAGCUCCUCCUCCUCCACCGCGUCGGCACGUCGUCGGCCUUUGCCUCCGCGCACGUCUUCCCCGGCGGCACGCUGAGCUCGUUCCACGAGACGGUGCCGGCCGAGCACGACGCCGACAGGCACACCGACUCGCGCGCGUACCGCCUCGCAGCGGUGCGCGAGACGUUUGAGGAGAGCGGGAUCCUGCUCGCGAAGCGGAGGGGCGAGGACGGCCUCGUGGAGCUUUCUGUGGCCGAGCGGACGGAGGGGAGGAAGGCGAUUCACGGGGAUAAGGUCAAGUUUCUCGACUUCCUCGCCGGCAUCGGCGCCGAGCCGGACCUGGACAACCUCAUCCCCCUAACCCGCUGGAUCACGCCGCCGAACGCGCCAAAGCGCUUCUCGGCCCAGAUGUACCUCUACCUCCUGUCGGCGGACGCCGACGCCGCCCACGACGGGGGGCUGGAGCACACGGACGCCGAGUGGGCCGACGUGCGGGAGUGGGCUGAGCGCGCGCGGCGCGGAGAUAUCAUCGUGUACGAGCCGCAGGCGUUUCUCCUCGCGCUGCUGGCCGACUUCUUCCCCGGGCCUGGCGUGCUCGCGACGACGAACGAGCACGGGGGCAGCCACGAGGCGCAGCGACAGCGCUUGCUGGACUUUAUCAAGGCUACGCCGACCGGGCCGGGCGACGACCGCACGAACAACAUCCUCUGGGCCGACAAGGUCAUCUGCUCCUAUGUCCUUCCUGUACGCCGGGACGACGGAUACCUCGUCAUCGGGCUCGAGGAGGCCGGGCCCGAGCUCGAAGGCCAAGGCCGCGGCGGUGACUUUUCCCGCGUCGUGCUCGUCAACUCGGAGGCUGGCGGCCCGAGAGGGGCAGAGGUGCGCAUGCGGCGCGACGUCGUCCCCGAGCAGGGGGCGACCAGACUGCAGAUCGACCUUUGCACUUUCUCACAAACACUCUACAGACAGGACACCGGCACGCACACGGCUACGCACAGCACACACACAAUGCUGCCCUCGGCGCGGUCACACCAGCGGCUCGGCGUCGCGGCCCUCGUGCUCGCGUCGCUGCUUUUUCUCUACACGUACCGCGCAAACCUGGACCCGUACGUGCCCGACGCGCUCCGGCCCACAGGGGAAGGCGACUACCGCGUGCAGUCGAGCUGGAAGCCCGGCGCGGUGAAUGCGUCUGCACCCAAGCCGCACGCGUGGAGAGAAGGGUGGUUCAAGACCAAGCUGCCCUCCGCGCAGCUCGCCCUGCUCGACAAGCUCGCGUACCACCCCCAGGAGAGCUGGAAGGACUGGCGCGACGAGACGGCAGACUACAAGUGGGUCGUGAAUGCCCGGUUGACGCAGCUUGCUGCGUGUCUCGCCAGCGGAAGAUGUCACAAGAAUGCCGACAAGAUCAUCGUCUUCAACCACAACUACUGCUACUGGGGCUUUGGGAACAAGGACCCGAUCCCCGGCGGCGAGGAGGUGUACUGCAAGGCGAUGCGCGAGUCGUUUGAGCGGUCGGGCUUCACGGUGCUGAAUGCUGGGCCAGAGGACUUCAACUUCCUGCAGGAAAUAUACAACCGCGUAGGCGACAACAUUGUGCUCAUCCUCACGGGCAACCCGGACAACCCGAAGCCCGAGUUUGGCAAGCUCGACGACGUGAUCAAGACGGCGCAGCGACCACGGGGCAUCCCCGCGUGGAAGCUCUUCUACUUUACGUUCUGGGCCGACGGCGUCGAGACCCCCACUGGCCCGCUAUCAUGGUGCAUGCUCGCGGAAUCAGGCGUGCCGAAGAACGUCUCCGUGUCGCUGUCGCGCGGCAAGGCGAUCGUGCACACCGAGUUUGACGAGCUGCGCGUGUGGACGACGGAGGGUGACAUGCCUGGCGCCCCUGUCCGCGUCGGCUGGCCGGCAGCCCGCGAAGGCACGUACGUAGGCUACGGCGACGGCGUGCCGGCCGACUGGGAGACGGUGCCGUUCGAGCGCCGCCCGAACCGCGUCUACAUCCUCGCCAAGACGGCGCGCUACUUCAAGGACUCGUGGUUCCCCCUCGAGUACUUUGAGCGCGCGUACAAGGAGCUGCAGCCCGAGUUCCCGAGGCUCGAGUUUGUCGGCGGCUGGAAGACGGCCGGGCCGGACGCGUACGACAAGGUGCCCGCGUUCUUCAAGAACCUCGGGCCGAUGACGCCCGACGCGUUCAACGAGCAGCUCAAGCUCGCCAAGGUGCUCGUUGGAAUUGGAAACCCCAAGACUAGCCCCACGCCGUACCGCUCGCUCGCAAUGGGAGUGCCGUUCUUGAAUCCGCACCAGAUCCACCCGCACAACGCCGCUCUCUGGGUCCCGCAGCACGACACGAUGCAGGCCGUGCCCCCACCAUACGUCUACAACGUCGACGUCAAGGUGUACGCCGAGUUUGUCAACGCGCUCCGCAAGGCGCUGAAAACGCCCAUCGAGGAGACGCGCUUCGCCCGCGGCCUGCCACACGUGUACGACAAGCGGCUGAGCGACUUUGCGCUGCGGGACUGGGGAGCCGAGGCGCGGCAUGCCGUGGACAAGGGACUGGGGGUGAAGAAGACGUUUGUUUUCUAGGGCACGAGGAGGACCGCACGCACGAGGACUACUGCAUAGCGCGGCUACGUAGCCGCUGAGAAAAAUCUAGAACUGUAUUGCUGAUAAUGUUACAUUAGCGUGGGCUUGGGUGAUGGGACGUAGGGUGCGGGGCUAUCGCUCCAAAGGGCCAGUGUACCACAGGCGGCCGGCACGGAGCCAGUCGUCGCGAAGUGCGCGAGCUUCGGCGCCGUCGGCAGUGUUCCCAAUGACGCCCGCGACGUGCGCCCACUCAUCCUUACGCUCGGCGUGCUUGAGGAGCAGGUCGAACUGCUCGGCAGACAACACGUCGUCGUCGGCGCAGUAGUGCAGGAUGCGCCUCAGUACAGGGGUAGGCAGUUUUAGC